UAUGUAAAGUUCUGAAUUACAACCAACACAGAAGCCAGUGUCAAUGGACCUUCUUAGAGCGAGAAUCCUCAACCACAUGGAUUGUAACACUGAUGGUCGACAUUAUAAGGAUGGGAAAGUUAAAUCUUUCAAUGAAGAGCGGCUGGACAGUGGCCUCGACUCUCUCAAAGAUGAGGAAUAUAAAGUUGUCGCCUGUGAGCUCGAGCGUCUUCGUGUGGAUUGUCUCCCACCGCAGAGAGACGAAUGCGGCAAUGAACCGUGGAAGGAACACAUUUCAGAGGAUGGAGACACGCUUCUCCACCUUGCCAUUAUCCAUGAAGCCAAGGACUGUGCAAGGAAGAUGAUAGAGCUGUCAUGCAAUGAGCCUUUCCUCAAUCAAUAUAACCACCAGAGACAGACUCCUCUCCACCUGGCUGUGAUCACAGAGCAGGCUGAGAUAGUGGAGCGUCUCCUUAUGGCUGGCUGUGACCCCACGCUAGUGGACGACAGUGGCAACACAGCCCUUCACAUCGCCUGCAGGAAGGGCUCUCUCACCUGCUUCAGUGUCCUCACCCAGACCCGGGGCUGCUCUACCCAGCUCCCAGCCAUUAUGGCCACGCCAAACUACAGUGGUCAGAACUGUUUGCAUCUGGUCUCUAUCCAUGGCUUCCUCUCACUAGUGGAGAGCCUUGUUGAUCUCGGAGCUGACAUCGAUGCACAGGAGCAGUGCAAUGGCCGCAGCCCUCUCCACCUGGCUGUUGACCUACAGAACCUGGACUUGGUGCUGCUCCUGGUCAGUAAAGGGGCGAAUGUCAACAGCCUGACCUAUGGCGGUCACACGCCGUACCACUUGACCUACGGACGCCAGAACGCCUCCAUCGAAAGGGAACUGUAUGAGCUGACAGCUCAGGAGCUGAGAAAACUGCCAGACAGUGAGUCUGAGGACAGUGAGGAGGAGGAGGGACAGUCUGAUGAUGAAGUGGUGACAUGUUGGUAUGAUGACGUUCAAUGGAAUGGGUGCCAUUAGAAAAUAGACCACAGAACAUCCAAAGAACAGUAGUACAGGCAGAGACAGAAGCUCAUCUGUGCACAGGCUUUAGCUUUGGUACAGUCGCAUGCUGAAGUGGUGCCAACCUCAGAGGUAGAGGAUGGCAGAAGACUGGUAUAGCAGGGGUACAACAGACUGAGAAAGUGAUGAUGGACAGUGUGAACCACUGAGAAGAUGCCAGAUAAACAAAAUGGAUGCCAAUAAAUAAGUCUUUAUGGCUCUGAAAGAGACUCAUUAUCACAGCAUACAUCCAACCAACGAUGUAAUAACACCUACAUGUAUUAUAUUGUAAAUGGAUGUGAAUACAAAGAUUUAUAUUUUUAAAUGUUUAAAGUUUGAGUAUUGUAAAUGAUUUCCAUUGUUUGUGGAAAGGUAAAGCAAGCCACACACUCCAGUAAAUUAAAACAAUACAUAUUUAACAUUG